AUGCUAUUCCGCUCUUUCAUUUCACUCAUCGCCCUCCUCGCCGCUUCCCUAAUAGUUCUCAUCGUAUUUUGUGGCCUCAAACUGCUCGUGACACCCCUGUUCAUCCUGCCAGACCACAUUAAAAUUGCGCGGUCGCGGCCGAAAAACCCACCGCCGCGGCCGAGCACUCCGCCGCCCGUCGGACGCAUUUCCUACUGGGGCACUGCUUUCGGAUCCGCGUGCGAUCAGACGAGAGAGGCGAUCCUUUGGGAGGAGUGUCAGAAGAUCGCAAUCCGGUGCGGCGAGCAGACGAGGAGGUAUGAGGAGGAGCGGAGGAACGAUGAGAGAAUGUUCCGGAACAUUAGCUAUCACUGCUUCCGAGCCGCUGUAAGUUCUAAUGCAUCUUAUCUCAGCUGUCUGUGAAGAUAUCGAAAAGUUUUCAACUAAUAAAAUGUACACAAUGUUUUAAUGAAUAAUUUGUUUGUUGACAACUUUUCGAUAUCUCUGCCGACAACUGAGAUAUACGCUUAAAGAUAGGGACUAGUAAUUUUCAACAGACAAGACAGUAUAUCUCAGCUGCCGAUAGAGAUAUCAAAAAGUUGUCAACUGACAAAUUAAUUAUUAAAACAUGGCGUACAUUUCUUCAGUUGACCACUUUUUUGUAUCGCUACACACAGCUGAGAUACAACGUCUUGAACAAACGGUAUGGGAGUACCUGGACCCACCAAAAUUAAUCCUUCAUCUUUCAGGAUUGUAUGACCAAAAUGUACUGCCGAAGUGGUGACGAAAUGUACGAGCGCUUUUAUCGAAUUCCCAACGGAUUUUUCCAAAAACACGGCGAGCUACCAAGGUGCAUCGUCCGAUUCUAUCGGGCAAUUCGGCAAGAUUCAUUCGGCAACUGUACCGGCCAAUUUGAUUUCUUAUCGGUAAGACAUACCAAAAAAUUGUUACUAUUAUUAUAUGUCUACAGAAAAACGCGACCAUCAAAUACCAAGCAUAUGUGCAGGGACGUCAAUGUCUCGUGGAUUUUGCUGAGAAAAACUGCCAAAAAUUGACAUUUCAAUACUUGCGACGCAAUUAUUCCAACUUUUUGGAGCUCUCAAUGACGCCGUCGGGUUCUUGCGGACUUUAUCAAAAGUACGAGGCACUCGAGUGUCAGGACUUUGCGGAUUCCUUCAAGAAAAGUGCAAAUGAGCCGAUUGACUAUGGAAAAGUUGCGGAGAAGUGUGAGAGCAUGCAGGUAACCUGAAAAAUUGACAAUUUUGAAGGUGUACAGCAGAGUUAGAGCUCUGAAAAUUGUUUUGAGAAUACUUCACACCUAGUACUUCAUUUUUCUAGUUGACAACUUUUUCAUAGCACCACUCCGAAGAUGACUGUAGCUCUUGGAAGUUGCGGUCCUCAAAGCUUGCACUCUAACUUCCAAGAGCUACACUACUCUUCAGAAUAGUGCUAUGGAAUAGUUGUCAACUGCAAAAAUAACGUAUUAGGUGGUGCAGAUUACACUUGAACACUUUUUAGCUCACAAGCGAUGCCCGUUCAAAGUCACAUUUCAGUCCUGCAUCGCCAACCUCACCGACGAUUGUGCAAUCAGCAAAACGUUCACGAGGACGACACAAGAGUACUGCGAAAAGAUGCGCUUCCUCUCCACGCCUUUCAUGCAAUGUCUCGAAAGUAUCAAAGCGAACCGAUAUCGUCCGAAUCUCGUAAAGCAUCACUGUUUCGUCGGACACGAUUUCAACGACGACGCGAGCGCCUGUGCUCGAUUCGGAAGAGCCGAUGUUGUGAAUUGUGUAAAACGGAUAAUGGUCGACUUUUGUGGAUCCAAAGUUGAGAAUGGGUACGAUGAGGCGAGGAGGUAUCUGCUCGAGUCGUGGGAUUGCCACGAAAAGUCGAGGAUUCCGAUCGGCGAGUCGUUUCACAAGUUGUACAUGGAUCUUCGACACGAACUAACCUAGUGCGUCCAUUUUUCAAUUCUCCUGUGAUAAAACUUUUGUAGCAAUAAAUUAGCAGCAUGA